CCCGACACAACCUGGGGCACAAUGUCCUGGGCUGCGAAAGGAGGUUUCGUUCUCUAGGCGCCCAGCUGUCCGAGGAAUGCAUUCCGACUCCCAGGGGAGGUGAUCAGGACGAUGAUCCUCCAGUGAUCCACCGCUGCCUGAGCCUCUCUCCCAGAACCCCAAGCUCAUCCGAUCCCCUUCCCACCUUCGCCCCCCAAUCACGAUGUCUGCAGCCACCCAGGAGCCUACAGGGCUGCCGCGGGGGUCACCGGUGGUCGGGGGAACCCCCCUGAACACCAUGGACACCAAACUGAACCUCCUGAACGAGAAGGUGGACAAACUCUUGACUUUUCAAGAAGACGUCACAGAGAAACUGGAGAGCGUGUACCGAGGCAUCGGCGACUUAGAGAGAGGGAUUUACAAGCUGACCGUGUCCCAGGCGGCCCUUGACCAGCGAGGCCUACGGGCCGACGCUUCGACCGGGUGCCCUGAGAUCCUGGAGCUGGUGAAAUCAGUGCGCCAGGAUUCCCUGGAACACGGAACCAAGUUGGACGGGCUGGCCAGGAUGGUCACCGCUGUGGACAGAGCCAUCGCCUUAGUGGCGGCCACCUUCCAGAACUCGAAAAUAGUGGAUUUCAUCGUCCACGGCCUCGUGCCCUGGAGGAAGGGCGGUCUGAUGGACGGCCCUGAGGAGACCAAGGAUAAAGCGGAAGAGAAGGAGGGAAAGGCCAAACACGCCCUCAGCACACGGGGUGUGCAAGCAGAGAUCAGAAGGUCACCAGAAGGUGAUAAAGGGGAGCACCCGCCCCCGGACCCCGGUGCGGCGGAUGGAGAAGGGACCUCUCAGGAAGAGACCAGGGAAACACCCACCGCUCCCGCCCGGGCUCCUAACUGCCCCCAGCUCCCAGCGGAGGAGGCCGACAGCGAAGAUGAGAGGGAGCCCAGCCAGCGCCCUGUUCCUCAGCCUGGCGUGGCAGGGGAGCCUGACGAUGACCCUGAUGGCCGGGACGCGGGAGAUGAAGCAGACCCCGGCCGGGCGGCCCCUGAGCGGACCACGUCGUCGGACAAGGAAGCAGCCCAGCUGGAGCCCGGCCCCAAUCCCAGGCCAACCCCAUCCAGCCUCCCCCCGGGGACUGGAGCAGGCCGCGGAGGGGCCCUGCCCAGGAUUUCCAUCUGCGUCCAAGAGACGGCGACUCCUGGAGAGAUGCUGGUGACCAGAGGGGAAAACCGGGGCCCUUCUGCUGGACAAAUCCUUCCUCCCCGACUCCCCUCCCCGCCGGUCUUGGCAGGGGAAAGCGUUAGGCAUCGGCAGGGGCUGACACCCCAUAGGCCUUGCCUCCCGCUCCCCAGGACUGCUCAAGCAGUAGCCAACGGGAAGCGGGGGACCUCCCUGAUGGAGCAGGCCCCCCUGGGUGGCCCUGGGUCUCCUCCGCUGGAGAAGAAGCUCCCACCAGCAUGCACGCAAACCGGGGAGACACCAGGGUCUGAGGCGGACCCCAGCCCGGCAGGGAAAGGAGGGGAGAGGGGGGCUUCCUGGGGCCCGGUGAAGAGGGGGGAAGAGCCGGGAACUGCGGCUUCGGAGCCAGGGAAGGAUCGCCAAGCCGGGAGCGCCACGUCGCGAGCAGGGCCGGCCGGAGAGACGGAAACAGAGCCCAGCCGGACCCCUGGAAGAACCCAGGAGAGCAUGGCUGCGGCUGGAGGCGACCCAGCCGCCGGGAGUGGGAGCAGCGUGGUCGUGGACGACAGCCCCCCGCCUCCUGCUCCUUUCAAACAUCGGAUCGUCAGCGUCAAGGAAGCGGCCAUCACGGUGGGCUACUCGGUGUGCCAACACGAAGUCCUGGGAGGGGGACGCUUUGGCCAAGUCCAUAAAUGCACGGAGAAGUCCAGUGGUCUUACGUUGGCAGCCAAGAUCAUCAAAGUGAAGACAGCCAAGGACCGGGAGGAAGUGAAGAAUGAAAUCAACAUCAUGAACCAGUUGAGCCACGUGAACCUGAUCCAACUGUACGAUGCCUUUGAGAGCAAGAACAGCUUCACCUUGGUCAUGGAAUACGUCGACGGUGGGGAAUUGUUUGACCGCAUCACGGAUGAGAAAUACCAUCUCACGGAGCUGGAUGUCAUCCUGUUCACGAGGCAGAUCUGUGAGGGCAUCCACUAUCUCCACCAGCAGUACAUCCUGCACCUGGACCUGAAGCCUGAGAACAUCCUGUGUGUAAAUCGGACUGGAAACCAAAUUAAAAUAAUCGACUUUGGGCUGGCCAGAAGGUACAAGCCUCGGGAGAAGCUGAAGGUGAACUUCGGCACGCCGGAAUUCUUGGCCCCUGAAGUGGUGAAUUAUGAUUUUGUCUCUUUCCCCACGGACAUGUGGAGCGUGGGAGUCAUCACGUACAUGCUGCUCAGUGGCUUGUCCCCAUUCCUGGGGGAAACAGAUGCCGAGACGAUGAACUUCAUCGUCAACUGCAGCUGGGAUUUUGAUGGAGAAGCCUUUGAAGGGCUGUCGGAAGAGGCCAAGGACUUUGUCUCCAGGCUCCUGGUGAAGGAAAAGAGUUGUAGAACUAGUGCUACACAGUGCCUGAAACACGACUGGUUGAAUAAUCUGACCUCCAAAGCCACGAAAUCCAAAAUUCGCCUCAAGUCUCAGCUCCUGCUACAGAAGUACCUGGCUCAGAGAAAAUGGAAGAAACAUUUCUACGUGGUAGCUGCUGCCAACAGGCUGAAGAAGUUUCCAACCUCUCCCUAAACCUUAGCCUUGCUGCCGUGGACAUCUGUAAUAGCUACAAGCUAGAGAUGAAGUGGAGACCAAGGCGUGAGCGAUCCGGCCCUUUGUGGGGAGUUCCCUUUCCUCCCGUGAAAUGUGUAAGUAGUUUUGGUCGUGGCAGUCUCGCUUGACAUCUAGCACACGUACGGAAAGGAACCGGCAGAAAAAAAGAGAGGCCUGUGCUUUCCUCUACCAUAGAAACCAAGGCUUAAAAAAAAAUUAUACUUAUUUUUCAAAGUAUCUACUAUUUGGUGAUAAUGCUAGGCAGGCUUUAAGGAAAUAAAAUUGGUGUAACGUU